AUGAAGUUCAGCAUCACACUAUCUAUCGCCUCAUUGGGGCUACUCGUGGCCGGCCAGCAAGGAGAGACUAUCCAUUGCGGCGGCAGGCUUCCAUCUUGCCCGCUGGACUACAAGUGCGUCCCAGACAGCCCAAAGUGCACCGACACUCGUAGCUGCGCUGGCCAUUGUGAAUUUAUCCGCAAAUACAGCGACUGCGGUGGCAAUCGCAUCACGCCGAAGAACUGUCCCUCCGGUAGCAGAUGCUCCCCUGAUCCCCGAAUUCCUGGCGCCGACUCCAACAUGCCUGGCAUCUGCAUUCCCAACAACCAGCCCCAAUGUCACGGGUUCAUCGGCCUCUCGUGCCCCAGCGGACUCACUUGCUACGACGUCCCAGAAGAUGGAUGCGACCCUCAGAAUGGUGGAGCAGAUUGUAUUGGAGUCUGUCUGUAG